AUGAUUUCAUCUCUUAAACAAGCAGUUUAAAAAGCUUCUAAAUUAAAUUUUGCUACUUUUAAAAAUUUCUCAUAUAUACCAGACUAGUAUUCUAGAUUCUUCAUGGUAAAGUACAAUUUAGUUGAAGAUUUCGGAUAUAAAAGAGUUGCUUAGGACUCAAACCAUUUAGAAAAAGUUAGGGAUCUUGAAGAAAAAGGAAAUAUUUUAUUUGGAGGAAAUUCAGUAAAUAAUGAUUCUGCCUUCUUUUUGUUUUAUGCCAAUGAUGAAAGACUCCCUUACGAUUUUAUUAAAAGCGAUCCUUAUUACUUAAAUGGCUUAGUAUAAUCUUAUACUAUAACUGAAGUAGAAAUUCCAAAAAGGUCAGAUCAAAAAGAGAUAACAACAUAAGCUAAAUACAAUUGA